AGAUAUCUUCAUAUAUAAUUUGCAUUCUUUCCAAAUUAAAGUACAUUUUAUUUCUCAAAUGGCACCUCAUGGAGAAACUAUUCCCAGUUCCAACAUCAUUCGAACAAAAAACCUAAACAAACCUCCACGUCUCUCAAACGAUAGCCUAAACAGGACAAUGUCCGAUAUCGUCUCGUUCGAUUGGAUGAACAAAGAAGAAACUGUUGAUGAGUCAAAUCUACCUCUAAUAUCCGACGUAGAAAAUGCAAAAUGCGAGUGUUGUGGAAUGAGUGAAGAAUACACUUCUGAAUACAUUAAUCGUGUUCGAAAAAUGUAUUCGGGUAAGUGGAUAUGUGGACUUUGUGCUGAUGCAGUGAAAGAAGAAACACAAAAAAAUGGAGGAAAGAAUGAAGAAGCAUUAAGUAUUCAUAUGAAUGCUUGUAGUAAGUUUAAUAAAUUUGGUAGGGCUUAUCCAGUUCUUUAUCAAGCUGAAGCAAUGAGAGAGAUGUAUAAGAAGAGCACUAAGGGAAUAAUGAGGGCUAAAUCUAUUAGUCCAAGGGACAGAAUUCUUCCAAAUAAGAAGGGUGGGAUUACAAGAACAAAUAGUUGUAUUCCUGCAAUUACUAAAGAUAUGAAUGAUCUUAAUAUUGCAAGUUAGCUAAUAUUAUGGAUAAUUAAGCUUCGGAGGAAACACUUAAUUAUUACCCAAGUGAGGUUUUUUAGGUUUGUUUCCCAAGUUUUUAACCUUUUCUUGAUCAUGUUAUUAGCUUUUUAAAGUACGUGCAAGUUACUGAUCUAUUGUUUAUUCACCCUCACCGGAGUUGUGCUAUAAUAAAAUUAAACUUGUACUGCUAUUGAUCUCAA